AUGAUUUGCAUCGGGUUCGCUGUGUCCUUGAUCCUUAACCUUGGCAGUUUCACGGCGCGAAAGGAAGGCUAUUUCGCCGCAGAGGUCAAGUGUUUGCCCCAGGGAGCAUCGCAGACCGUUCUGCCAGACCUCGGGGUAUGGGUCGGGUGGAGACAGGCCGUAGCCAACUCAGAUGAGGCUGUCACGUUCAACCUAGAGGAAAUGAGCAUGGUGGGGGCCGUGAUGGGAAUUUUGACGGUGGUGGGGAACGCGACGGACGGCCUGCUCAACGCCGUCGGUCUUGCGGUGCUCCUCUACGGCCGGCGAAAGCCCCUGCAGGAAGCCCAGUGUCGCAUGGUGAAGCGGUUGUGCCUAGCCUCGCUGGCCAUGGCAGGGUGGCUGUUGGGCACGACGAUCAUCGGCUUCUUGAUAGCGGUAAAGGGGCCCAUCGGAGCUGCGGCCGUAGCCUUCUAUUCGGAGGAGUUCGACCUGGACUGCGGGAACUCGGUGUCGGUGAGCGUCGACUACGCGUAUGCGAUGGCGACCCUGACGGUCCUCUGCCAGUUUUUUAUCGGGAUCGUGGCGCUACCGAAACCGUCUCGCAGCUCCCCCCAAAACCGCCGCCGCCGCUUCUGCUGUCGGUGGAACCCGGCGGGGGUUCUGCUAGCGCGUCUAGGGCUCGGGGACUCUUCGCCGGCCUUCGACGAAAACGAACUGCCUUCUUUCGCUGGCGAAGCGGGGCAACCGGCGGCAGCGGAAGGGCCAGUCAAGGCGAAGGGGUCUCGACGAGGGUCUCGGCUGACGGCCGAAGAGAUGCAAGAUUGUCCGCAAAGUGUUGGGAGCCCCCACCGACAUAGUCGAUAG